AUGAAUUGUAUCCCUAGUCCAAUUACUGAAAGAAAAGUCUCAGUUAACGAUGAGAAUCAUGUGGGCAAGAAAAAUGUUCUCCAAACUAUUGCAAGAGAAAAUUCGGUUAAUUUAACACCAGACUCUACGAAUGAGAAGAAAAUCCUGUCCGAAGUGAAUAGUAAUAAGAUCGAUGCUUUACAGCUCCCCCAAAGUAAGAUACGAAGAAUCUCCAUUCAUUUAGGAAAAAACAAGAAAAGGGGCCUCUCAAACGAUUUUACAGAUCCAGCAGGUUCGAAGACUGUAAAAAAACUAAAACUUGACGGAUGGAGAAAUUUAGAUUCAUUAGAGACAAAUGAUCCCUUCAUGGUGGCAGAAUAUACAGAUUCUAUUUUUUCUCAUCUUUAUGAGAGGGAAACCCAAACGCUACCAACGCAUAAUUACUUGAUGGAUGCCGAAUCUCCAUACCACCUGAAAAGCUCCAUGAGAGCCCUUUUAAUUGAUUGGUUAAUUGAAGUUCAUGAGAAGUUUCAGUGCUUACCUGAAACGCUGUUUUUGGCGAUAAAUUUACUAGAUCGGUUUUUAUCACAAAAUGUUGUAAAAUUGAAUAAAUUACAACUACUAUGCAUCACUUGUUUGUUUAUUGCCUGCAAAUUUGAAGAAGUUACACUACCAAAGGUGGCAAAUUUUGCUUACAUCACUGAUGGUGCCGCAACUGUCGAAGACAUCAAGAAAGCUGAGAUAUUUGUUUUAAGUUCUUUAGGCUACAACAUAUCUUUACCAAAUCCCUUGAAUUUCAUAAGAAGAAUUUCCAAGGUUGACGAUUAUUGUAUUGAGACAAGAAAUAUGGCCAAAUUCAUCCUGGAAUAUUCAAUAUGUUGCAAUAAAUUUAUUCAUUUGAAACCAUCAUAUUUAGCCGCCAUGUCAAUGUAUAUUGCGAAACAAAUCAAAGAUAAUUGCAUCCAAUGGGACGAAACCUUAGUGCACUAUAGCGGCGGUAUUGAUGUUGCAUCAGACCCAGCAUUCAAAGAUUUUGUCAAUGACCUGGUUGGAGAUAUUGCCGUACCUGAGACAAAUUUGGAUUCUCUGAGACUAAAAUUCAAAAAACCGAAACAUGGCAUGGUUUAUUUCAAAGUUUUUGACUGGUGCAAACAGAAGACAUUGAAACAUUAA